AUGUAUCCUACAAAAAGAUAUAAAAAUAUGAUCCAAACGGAAUCCGAAUUUAUAUUUUGUUCAGAUCAGGUGCUUUGUCAGGUGACUCGAAUGCACUGCUCGAAUGUCAUAUACCUAUGUUCACACCAAAGUGCAGUGUUGCAGAUUUUGUCCACGAGAGGCGUUCGAGAAGCGUUGCGGCCGUUGUGCGAUGCAAAUAUCGAGAUCAGUGGAUGCCAUGUUUCUGUCAGAAAUGGAGUGAAUCAGAAAUUACUUCACAUCAUUGGGGCCUCAGGAUACCUUAGCAUUGGGCACGCGUUGCCAACUGCAAAUUACGGCCUGAAGGACCUGGUUAUACAUAGUUUGAUAAUGGAAUCGUGAUAACAUGACAUACUUUGAUUACACCGGCCCACAAAAAAAAAAGUGAUCUGCACCUUUGACCGGACCCGAA